AUGGGCUCCACGCCCGAUGAGAAGGUCAUGUACGAUGAUCGUAUCGAAGAUAUCGCACAGAAGACGCCCAGUAGCGGGGAAGAGGAGGAGGAGUUCACAGAGGAAGAACAGCGAAAGAUCAUUCGACGCAUUGAUCUUCGGCUUGUGACUAUGACCGGACUGGCAUACUGCAUUUCGUUGAUGGAUAGGACUAAUCUAAGCGCAGCAGCUAUUGCGGGAUUGAAAACAGAGUUGCAGCUCGGUGUCGGAAAUCGCUAUUCAAUUGUUGUGCUCAUGUUCUUUGUGCCUUACGUUCUCUUCCAACCACCCAUGACCGUUCUCAUUCGCAAGAUCGGACCAACUAUAUUCUUGGGCACAAUUGUCAUGACAUGGGCGGUUAUUAUGAUUGGGACGGGAUUUGUUAAAAAUUGGGGACAACUAGUCGGGCUACGCGUUCUACUCGGUGUCUUGGAGGCGGGUUAUUUUCCGGGUUGUGUCUACCUGCUUUCCUGCUGGUAUACCCGAUAUGACGUUCAAAAGCGAUUCUCGGUCUUUUAUCUCAUCGGCUGCGUUGCCUCCGCAUUGUCUGGUAUUCUGGCAUUUGGCCUGAUGCAAUUGUCAGGUACUCAUGGCCUGAGUGGAUGGCGCUGGAUUUUUAUCCUUGAGGGAGUGAUCACCGGGUUCAUCGGCAUGCUCUGCUUCGCCUUCUUAGUCGACUUCCCCGAUCGUGCCUCCAACUCCUGGAGAUUCCUCAACAAGAAGGAGAGCGACUGGGUCGUCCGCCGGAUCAACAAUGAUCGCAAGGACGGCAAUCUCGAGGCAUUCUCCUUGAAGAAGUUCCUCAAGCCAGGACUCGAUCCUAAGAUUUGGGGCUUCGCUCUGAUCUUCUUCUGCCUGACUACCGUUACCUACGCAAUCGCUUAUUUCCUGCCGAUCAUCCUGAUGGAAGGUAUGAAGUUCGACGUUGGCCGAGCACAAUGCCUCGUGGCACCACCAUACGUUUUCGCCGGUAUGGUCAUGUACAGCACAGCCUGGAUCGGCGACAAAUACAAAGUUCGCGCCCCAAUUCUCAUCGGAAACUGCCUGCUCUGCAUCAUCGGACUACCCAUGAUGGGAUUCGCCAAGGGAAACGCGGUGCGUUACGCAGGUGUCUUUUUCACGGUCGCAGGAGCAAAUGCGAAUAUCCCAGCCUGUAUGGCAUAUCAGGCGAACAAUGUGCGUGGUCAGUGGACUCGCGCAUUCAGCAGUGCGACGCUGGUUGGAUUUGGCGGUAUUGGUGGAAUUGCCAGUAGUUUGGUUUUUCGCGAUCAGGAUGCGCCGGAGUACCGGCCAGGCAUGUACGCUGCAAUUGCGUGCAAUAUUACGAUCAUUGUGGUGGUGUGCUGUCUGAGUGUGUGGUUCUGGUUCUGCAACAAGCAGGCGGAGAAGGGCGAACGCGAGAUCGAGGGGGAGCCCACUUUCCGGUAUACCAUUUAG